UACUGCGCAUCCUGGCUCGGGAACGGUAGUCUCUUUAUUUACAAUCGCCAAUACCACCAAAAACAGGCAAGACUGUUUUCUAAGUCUUUUAGGCCGUUGUGUCAGGAUUUUGUAGUUAUGGCAAGAGGCAUGAACUGUCAACACUAGGAGUCUUGACAAGUGCAGUGUGGAAAAAUGAAUGCACGUCUUAUUCAGAGUGAAUACUCUUCUUGCAUAGUAACUUGUGAAUGAUGAUACGAAGCUAAAGAGGGUGCAGUUUGAAGGAAGCUGGCAAAAGCAACAUGAAGUUGUAUGUUUUCUUGGUCAACACUGGAACCACCCUUACUUUUGAUACCGAACUUGCUGUGCAAACUGUAUUAGAUCUUAAACAUGCUAUCCAUGCAAAGUACAAAAUUGCCCCGCAGCACCAAGUGCUGGUUGUAAACGGAGGGGAGUGUAUGUCACUGGAGAGAAGAGUUUGUAGUUACAGUGCAGGAACGGACACAAAUCCAAUCUUCCUAUUCAACAAAGAGAUGAUUUUAUGUGACCGUCCACCCACAAUACCCAAGACAACUUUCUCUGCUGAAAAUGAAAUGGAAUUAAAAGUUGAAGAAUCCCUUAUGAUGCCUGCUGUAUUUCAUACUGUAGCCUCUAGGACACAACUUGCAGUGGAGAUGUUUGAAGUUGCCAAGAAACUGUGUUCGUUCUGUGAACGAUUAGUCCAUGAUGAACAUCUUCAGCAUCAAGGGUGGGCUGCAAUCAUGGCCAAUUUGGAUGACUGUACACAUUCUUCUCAGAAGCUACUUUGCAAGUUUGAAAAUGCAUAUUCAAAUUACCUGCAGUCUGUUGAGGAUAUAAAGCAAAAACUUACCAGUUUAGGGACAGCAGUUUCUGUGAUGGCCAAGAUUCCACUUUUGGAGUGCUUGACUAGACAUUCUUAUAAGGAAAAUCUAGAAAGAACUUGCUCACCUGUGGGGAAUGGAGGAACAGAAGAAGAAACAGAAUAUGACAAAUCCACUGAAUCUGUGCUUUCUUCCUCAGACCACAAGGUCACUAGAAGACCUUUGAAAUCUUUAUCAGCUGAUUUUGUUGAUCAAGGCGAUGCUUGUUUGGAUUGUGGCAAAGAAGAACAUAAGGAGUGCAGUCAGAACAGUACUCGACUGGAAAACAAAGAUCAAAGAAAUCUUGCAGACUCUCCUUCUUUUAACGUUUCCUUACUAGACUGGAUAAAUGUACAAGAUCGACCUAAUGAUGUGGAAUCAUUGGUUAGAAAGUGCUUUGACUCUAUGAGUAGGCUUGAUCCAAGAAUAAUUCAGCCAUUUUUGUCAGACUGCCAUGAAACUGUUGCCAAACUGGAUAAUCAGAAUAUGAAGGCUAUUAAGGGGCUUGAAGACCGGCUGUAUGCACUGGACCAGAUGAUAGCUAGCUGUAACAGACUGGUAAAUGAACAAAAAGAUCUUGCUCAGAUGGUGUUGUUAUGUGAUGCUCCAUGCGGAUCAGGAUGGUGAGAAGCUCCAGGCAUUACUUCGUCUUUUAACAGAACUGCUGCAACGAGUACGAGUUGUUGAGGCUCUUAGCACAGUGCCUCAGAUGUAUUGUUUAGCUGUUGUUGAAGUUGUAAGACGGAAGAUGUUCAUCAAACACUACAGAAAGUGGGCUAAUGCAUUAGUAACAGAUGGAAAACAGUUAUAUGAAGCUGAAAAGUCAAAACGUGAAUCUUUUGGCAGAGUGUUCGUAAGAAAAUCAUUUUUAAGAAAUCGACUGUUUAGGGGACUUGACUCGUGGCCUUCAUCAUCAUUUUGUACAAGAAAGCCACGCAGAUUUGACUAUGAACUUCCAGAUAUUUCUUUAAAAGACUUGCAGUUUCUUCAGUCAUGCUGUCCUCCAGAAGUGCAGUCUUUUCUUAAGAUUCCAUUACUGUGUGAUUUUGAACCUCUUCACCAGCAUGUACAAGUUCUGCAUAAUCUGGUUAAGGCAGCGCAAAGUCUGGAUGAAAUGUCACAGACAAUUACUGACUUACUUAAUGAGCAAAAGGCUUCAAAUGGUCACACAACAUCCCAGCCCACUGCUACUCCAAGGUCAGAAAGCACAGCAGGGACUAUGACGACUACCUCAUCAAAAACUCUUCCACCACUCAGCCUUCAGGAUCCUCUUUGCCCAUCAGUAAUCCUUCCUGCAGCACUGGAGGACCUGUCUCCUGAUAGCAUUGAUGCCCAUACCUUUGACUUUGAAACUAUUGCCCAUCCCAAUGUGGACCAGGUUCUUAAACAAGGAUCUUUAGAUGUAGACUCAUUAGCAGAAAGUCCUGAGUCUGAUUUUAUGUCAGCAGUAAAUGAAUUUGUUAUAGAAGAUAAUCCAACAUCUCCUAAUUUAAUUAGUGAUCCUCAGAGUCCUGAAAUGAUGGUGGAGUCGCUGUAUUCUUCGGUGAUAAAUGCAAUAGAUAGUAGGCGUAUGCAAGAUACCUCUUGCAGUAAAGAUAGCACUAUUGAAGUAGCAUCAUUGAAAGCCUGCAUAGAAAAAUAUAAAACUGCAGUUCAGGAAUACCAUUCUAAUUUAAGGAUUAUUAAAGAAGACAUUUACCAUUUUAGAGCCCUUGUCCAAAAGGAACAGUGCAGUUAUUCCAAGUCUGUCAAGUUUGUAUCAGAAGAAAUUAAGAACAUUAUAGAAACAAUAAAGCAGUCACUCACAGCAGAUUUUGAGACAUUGCAUCAAAAGGAAAUGGCAGCUAUGAAAACAGAACACAAUAUUAAGUAUAAAAUUUUGGAAGAAGCUGCUACAGAAAGCCAAGCUAAGACUGACAUGUUGCAAAAGGAUAUACUGGAGCGUAAUGCUGUUUUACAAAGUAAAAACAAUGAAUUGGCACAGGUAAGGAAUGAAAUGAAGGUGAUUGUUUCAUUGCAUAAUGAAAAAGACCAAAAACUACAAGAACUAGAAAAGGCAUUAUUGGACCAUGAACAUGAAAUGCAGGAACAGCAGCAUUUAAAACAAGGUUUGGUAGCAGACAUAAAGAAACUUCAUCAAGAAAAUGAAGACAGAGUUGUGCAAUUAAGGACUGAACUUCAGAGUCUAGAGGAAAGCCACCUUAAAACACUAGAGGAAUGCUUGCAGGCAAAGCAUAAAACUGAGCUUGAAAAUAUGUCCGUUUUGCAUGUGAACCAGUUGGAACAGUUGAAAAAAGAAAAUCAUUUGAGGGUUGAGCAAUUAAUUGAUUCCCAUGCACAUACACUUCAGGAAAAAGAACAAAUAAUUCAAGAACUUCUGCUAAAAGUGUCUGAGCUUUCUGAGUUAAGGUAUAAAUUAGAAGUUGAACUGUCUUUAAAAGAAGCAGAAACUGAUGACCUUCGACAUGUUUUGGAAGAGAGUAAGGCCCAUCAAGAAGAGGCUGUGAAGUGUAGUGUCGACAAAGAAACAGAGAAACUGAAGAAAGAGAUUCUUGAAUUGAAGCAUCAAAUUCAGGCGAAUAAUGACGAAAAUGAGGUAAAUUUGGCAGAACUAAGAUCUUUAAUGGGAAUUGAAAAAGAUCGAUGCAUUUCUGAAUUAGUAGAUAGGUACGAAGAAGAGAUAGCAUUACUCAAAAGUGAGCUAAACAAAUUAACAAACCUGUAUCAGCAGACUUUAAAUGCAGAAGUAGAUUUGCAAGAACACAUAAAAGAACAGCAGCACAGAUAUGAAGAAGAGCUUAAAUUUCUAAAGGAGCAGAAGGAAGACUGGGUAAGGGGUUUUCAGCAACAUGAAGAAAACUAUGAAAAGCAGAUACAUGCUCUUCAAAAAGAGAAAGAAGAACUAGUGACUUAUCAAGAGAAGGAACGAGCAUUACUUUUACAGACUUUCAGUGAAGAAAAAGCAGCAGCAGUCCAAAAUGCUGUGAAGGCUCUAGAGAGGGAAAAAGAAACAAGUGAGAAGGAACUACUUGAAAAAAUUCAGCUACUUGAAAGUCAGCGCAGGGAAAGGGAAAGUCUUGUAAGGGGAGCUACACCCCCACAAUCAUCAGAACAGCCUUCAUCAGAGUAUACUACAUUACAUGAAGAAAAGACCAGACUUCUAGAGCAGUUAGAACAGCUUGAAAAAAGAAAAAAUGAAGAGUUGCAGGCCUUGAAAACUUCCCUUAUUGCAGAGCAGCAGACCAACUUCAAUACUGUCCUGACAAGAGAAAAACUAAAGAAGGAAAUCCUCAUUAAUGAUCUUAAAGACAAAUUAGAAAUGGUAACGCAGCAACAAGAAAAGGACAAAGGUUUGAUUGAAACAUUGUCUGCAGACCGAGCACACUUGCUUCUUGAGAAGAAAAAGCUUGAAGAAGAAGUGAACAAGUUGCGAAGUAAUACUUUACUUUCAUCAGCAUACCUUCCCCCUGGUAGUACUCCUAGUACAGAUGCUUCUGGUAUGUGUUCAACAGAUCAGCCUUCAGAAUCAGAGAGGCUGGCCUCAGUAGCCAGUAUUUCAGAAGAAAAUAGAGUUGACUCUGCAAUGGAAGCUAGCAUGAUGGCUUUACGGGAAAACAUGCAGAGCCUUUCUGAAGAAAAGCAAAGAAUAAUGUUGCUGGAGAGGACAUUACAGAUGAAAGAAGAAGAAAAUAAGAGGUUAAAUCAAAGACUGAUGUCCCAGAGCAUGUCUUCAGUGUCAUCACGACAUUCUGAGAAAAUAGCCAUCAGAGACUUUCAGGUUGGAGACUUAGUUCUGAUUAUCUUAGAUGAACGUCAUGAUAACUAUGUUCUGUUUACUGUUGGGCCUACAUUAUACUUCCUGCAUUCAGAAUCACUUGGUUCUCUGGAUCUCAAGCCAGCUUCUGGAUCCCCCAAAAAGCCUUGGGUACUUGGGAAAGUGAUGGAAAAGGAAUACUGUCAAGCCAAGAAGGCACAAAACAGAUUUAAAGUUCCACUGGGAACAAAAUUUUACAGGGUGAAGGCAGUGCCCUGGAACAAAAAAGUAUAAUGCUGUCUAAGGAAAAUCGAUCAAGUAAAUGUAGUCCUUGAGUGAUGUUUCCUCUCUUGGCCGGUUCUGUGACCUUUUUCCUAUUUCCUUGGCCAGAUACAAGAACUAUCACAAUUGUAGGGCUGAUCUCUUGUACUGUACAACUAGUUUUUUUUUUUUUUUUAUCAAAAGUACACUUUAGAAAGAUGACCCUCAUCUAAAUCCUAGGCUAAACUAUACACCAUUUCUUACCCAUUUAAUUUAGAAAUGUGGACCAAAUGUUUUUUUUUUUGUUUUUUUUUCCUCAAAGGGCAUGCCCUCUACUUUUUGACUUACUGGCCAUAUUAGCUGCCUGUUAAGUGAGCAUUUGCAAGUAUAUUGAUGUCAGUAGGUAUCAUUACCAGCGAUUGUCCUUUUUGUGGGGGCAAAACAUAUCCGAGUAUGUUUACUGUAAUACAUUAUUUAUAAUAUGUAUUAUUUCAUUAUAUAAAGAGUGCUGAUGGCAUGCCGAUAAGUAUGAUUUUCUUUUUAGGUUCACCUCCAUAGGUGAAAAGCUUUUUGUCAGAGAACUGCUGCAACAAGUAUAAGAAGGUCUUUAGCUGUUUGAAAGAAACAUCAAAUUUAGUUACCUGACAUAAAAGGCUGUCACUUUUAUUGUAAUUUUCAGAACAAUGCACUUUCAACAUGUAAAGGUUAUAUGAAAGAAAGGGAACCGUGCUGUUUAUGCUGCUAAGUAAUGCUAAAACUUUGCAGCAACAUAAACUUAUUUUAAUUGUUUAGAAGGAAUCAUGGUGAAUAUUGUAUUUUGUUUUUAUUUGUUGUGUAAUGCAUACAACUAUCAUUGUAUAAUAACCAUACAGAAGUCAUUUAAGUAACAAAUUGCUGUACUGUACAAGACAUUGGAGUUUUAAGAUAAAUAAAGAUUCAGAUCUGUAAAUUUGCUCUAA